AUGAUUGUAAUGACAAUAUAAUUGCUUUAUUGUCCAAAUUUCUCCUUCACUUUUUUUUUCCUUCUCUCAUCUUCAUAGACUUGUUCCAAGUUGGUGAGGUAAGAAAAAAAGAAGAAUGGCAUUUGCAGGAACAACUCAGAAAUGUAUGGCUUGUACCAAAACAGUUUAUCUUGUUGAUAAAUUGACUGCUGAUAAUAGAAUCUUUCACAAAGCUUGUUUCAGAUGUCAUCACUGCAAAGGAACCCUCAAGUUGAGCAACUACAAUUCUUUUGAGGGAGUUCUUUACUGCAAGCCACACUUUGAUCAACUGUUCAAGAGAACUGGAAGUCUUGAGAAAAGCUUUGAAGGGACACCAAAAAUUGCAAAACCAGAAAGAAGUAGUGAUAAUGAGAAACCUGCGGCGGUUAAAGCCUCGAGUAUGUUUGGUGGAACAAGAGACAAAUGUUCUGGUUGUCAGAAAACAGUUUAUCCAACUGAGAAGGUUACUGUGAAUGGAACUCCUUACCAUAAGAGUUGUUUCAAAUGCUCCCAUGGAGGGUGUGUUAUUAGUCCUUCCAACUACAUAGCACAUGAGGGAAAACUUUACUGCAAACAUCACCAUGUUCAACUGAUCAAGGAAAAGGGAAAUUUAAGCCAGCUUGAAGGUGAUCAUGACAAAAAUGCAAAAAUCAACGGCGAGCAAGUUGUGGCAGAAACAUGAUGAAAGAGUCUUUAUGAACAAGUUGUGGCUAAAACAUGACGAACAAGUUGUCUCAGAAAUUUUCCAGUUCUCAUGUUUCGUUUUAUGAACUACAUGUUUCUGCUAUCUCUCAUGCUUUUGAUAUUAUGAUGGUAUUCAGUCUUUGUUUGCAAGUGUGUGGAUCUAUGAGACAUAAGUGAUCUGCUUGUUAGUUUUUUGUUUUGUUUUCUAUGUUUUAAUUUGAUUUUGAAGGAAACUGAAUGUAAAACUCCAACCUGGUUUAUGGAGUUUGAUACUUGGUUUUUUUGAGUCUGAUACAUAUUAUUGGAAGUUAAUAAGAACUUCUCAUGGCAGAAGAGUGUUUAAGAAA